UGAGGCGAUAUAAAAGCAUGCGACUAUUGCGAUGCAAAGAAGCAGUGUAGCACUUCUUUAAGAACGCCGAGGGACCACGACUGUAGAAGAAAUGCAAAGUCCCCCCAAGCCACAGUUUGCCAACUGGCUCAUAGAGCAGGUGCAGACCGGCCAGUACAAGGGCCUGUGUUACGUGGAGCAAAACAAGUUCAGAGUCCCCUGGAAGCACAACUCCAGAAAGGACUGCAACGAUGAGGACAGUAAAAUAUUCAGGGCAUGGGCAGUGGCAAGUGGUAAAAUCAAUGAGUUCCCUAACGACAAAGCCAAGUGGAAAACCAACUUCCGCUGCGCGCUGAACAACCUCACCAAGCGCUUCAAGAUGGUCAGUGAUAAUUCCAAGAAUUCGGAGGAUCCUCAUAAAAUCUAUGAGAUCAUCAACACUGAGUAUAACUACGAAAGCCAGCAAACAGACGACUCCCCUGAUGAUUUCGACAUCUACAGCUCCCCGAUCGAAUACUUGCCUUCAGGCACUGAGCACAUUCUUCUCAACCAUUUAAUGACCUUAGACCUUGGCAGUAAUCAAGCAGAAGAGCAGCAAUGGACAGAGAACUACGGCCAGCAGCCCGCAGCCGUCCCUGUCAGCUACCCUGCCAUUCAGCCUGCAGCAGCAGAGCCACUGCCGGGCUCAGGGACCCACACACAACCACCCAUCUACUGCCCAAAUCCAGAGCCAGUGUUCAGCUCACCUCCCCAGCCAUCCAUCUAUGACCUGGAGAUCUCUAUCCACUACAGGAAAAGAGAAAUGCUAAAGUUUUCGCUGCGCAGUCCACGUGUGCAGCUCCACUACCAGCAAGAGGCCCCUGAACUCAACGCCCAGCCCAUUUGCUUCCCCACCACUGCCGGCCUGCUGGACCGCAAACAGAUUGAGUACACCGAGCGCAUCCUUAAUAGCAUCCAGAGAGGCCUACUCCUGGAGGUACGGGACACAGGGAUCUAUGCCUGCAGGCAGGAUAGGUGCCAUGUGUUUGCCAGUACAAAUGACCCCAGUGUGGCCCAUCCAGAUCCAAGGAAGCUGCCCCCAAAUACCAUGAUUGAGCUCCUCAGCUUUGAGAAGUAUGUAAAUGAACUUAAGCAGUUUAAAGAGAACAACGGUGGCUCCCCUGACUACACCAUCAACAUGUGCUUCGGAGAGAAGUUUCCCGAUGGAAAACCCCUGGAGAAGAAGCUCAUCGUAGUCAAGGUGGUUCCUCUGAUCUGUCGACACUUUCAUGAGAUGGCACAGCUGGAGGGGGCCUCAUCUCUUCACAGCGCCAACGUCAGCCUGCAGAUUUCACACAACAGCCUCUAUGAUCUCAUUAACUCUGUUUUCAGUCUGCCGAUAGCUGAAGAUCCGUUGCAGGUCUUCUAGACUAGAUAUUGCAAGUUCACCUCCCACUGACUUCUUCUAGCCCUCUAUAAAAACUCCCAAGCCUAGCCAAAUGGCGAGCGAAUCCUGUGGCAUCCUGAACAUGGCAGCUGAGGCCACAAGCACAGUUCGAGGUUACCACACUUAAUGAAGCUCCAUUCCAUUUUGGGCUAGAAAUAUGUCUUAUGUUUUGCACUCAUCUUCUGUUCACUUUAUGAAUUCUUUUCUAAUAGCACUCUUAAAGUAUUGGAAAAUGCUGACUUUAUUAAUAUCCUUGCACCGUUGAUCCAGGUAGAUACAGAAUUGUCCAGUAUUGGACUGAUAUUUUACUUGAGUUGAUGUUAUCAAAAGGCCAGUGGUCUGGAGUUAUACUAGAGUUUUAUACAAACAAUUACUUGUAAAGGUCAAAUCAUCUCCAUAACGUGUGAUUCAUUUGAUUUUAUAUCAGACAGAGGAAGGCUAGCAUGCUGUAAAUCUGUUCUCACACGUAUUUUUGUAAAAUAUUUCUUGCAAAGUUAGGGAAUCCAUGUGUCAUACUUUUUUAUUUAUGUGUCAUAACCUGUGUGUUGUUGACAAUACUUUGCACUUUUGCUGGGUCAUGCUGUUAACCAUUACUGUUAUUUUGCUGCUGUUCAUCAUUAACAUUCAAACUAAGCCUUUAAACACUUGAAUCUCACCUGGACUGUUUCUGCUACCCAUAUACACUGAUUUGCCGUCUCAUGCAGCCUGUACUGUUAUAUACAUUACUCAGGAGAUAUAUCUGCAUCAAUAAAGACUGCCGGCUGAUUAUUGGCUAUCAUAACAUGUUGUUUUAUACAAUUUAUACAAUUUUUAUAUGAUUUGUGUGAAGGAUUUUUGUCUGGUUGUAUGUCACAUUCAGGCCCUUUUGCAUUGAUAAGAUGCACUGACUCCAUGCUACCAAGGCCAUAGGCCUGAGGCAUGCCAGACACAGGGAGACAAGACCAGGCAGAUUUGCUCCUUUCAUGAACACAGAGCUGUUGACCUCUAACACACUUAGGUAAGGAUAUCUCCUCUACAUAAGGCAUGCCAGUGAGCAACCCUCAGAAUUGGUGUGGUAUUACUCAUUCACACUUGUAGCGCUCAUA